GGAGGGAGGGGGACGACGCCCUCCAGCCGGCAGACAGGCCCAAGCACGUCCCACCGCCCGCCCUGCGCGGACUCAGCGCCCCAUCAGGCCCUCAGAGGGGGGGCGAUGGGCGAGCUCAGCGUGCACCAGCUGGCGGGGCUCAGCCUCCCCCUCAGCCAGGGGCGCCCGUGGCGGGACCCGCACCCCUCAGCGCGGCGGGCCCAGCCGUGCCUCACCGCACCGGGGCUGUGCCCUCAGGGACCGACCCCGCCGCUCACCCGCCGCCCGCGCGAUGGCUCCGCGCAGCCGCCACCGGAUCAUGGGGAUGCAGCGCAACGAGAGCGACGGGGUCCGCCCCGGCAGCCCCCGCCGUGCGCGCUGACGUCAGGCGGAGGAGGACCAAGAGCGCGGCCACGAGAGCUCCGUGUCCCUCAGGGUGUCCCAGGAGGCUCUGCACCUCCUGCUCUGGCUGCCACGGUCUUGUGCGCAGGAUCUGCCCUCACUCCCUGGAGUAAAAUGGCAGCUGCGACCCGGGCACUGAGCGCCCUGCGCCUCGACACCAUCCCCAGGCUGCCUCCGGUGCUCGCCCUCUCCAGCCGCAGCAACUCCAACCGCACCUCCAUCUCCCACCUCCACCGGCAGCUCUACGGCCGCCUCUACCCCGUCCUCCUGGUCAAGGCCGACGGUUCCACCGUCCGCCUGCGCUACAAGGAGCCCAAGCGGAUUCUCAUGCUGCCCCUGGACAGCAACACGCUGCCCGAGGCGGAGCGCAAGGCGCGGCUGCGGCGGCAGUUCCCCAGCAAGCCCAAGGCCGGGCCGGAGGACACGUUCGAGGGCAUCGACCUGGGCACCUACGAGCGGUUCUGGAAAAAGUGAGGCGGCGGCGCCAACCUCUAAUAAAUAAACGCAACCGGGAAAUGA